AUGUCUAGUUCUUCAACAGGUCAAGCAGAAAAACGUAAUAUAAUAGCCGUUAUAGGAGAUGAAGAUACUACUACUGGCUUAUUAUUAGCAGGUGUAGGCCAAAUAGCACCAAAUCAAACAGCAGAACAAGAUGAUUCCGUCGCUCAAGAUCGUAGCAAUACUGAUACAAAACAUAAAAAUGAGGAUAUUGGAGACAACAUGGGGAAAAAUUUUUUUGUAUAUAGAGAGGGGAAAACUACUAAGCAGGAAUUAGAAGAAAUCUUUCAGUUGUUCACCCAAAAAAGGAAGGACAUUUCGUUAUUAUUGAUCAAUCAAUUUGUUGCUGAUAAAAUUAGGCAUUCAGUCGAUUCAUAUACUAAUGCUUUCCCUGCUAUCCUGGAAAUUCCAUCCAAAGACCAUCCUUAUAACCCAGAGAAAGAUUCUGUUUUGAAAAGAGUUAAAAAAUUGUUUGGAGAAUGA